GAAUAGGAAGGAAUAAGAUCUUCAGAAACAGUACAACAACAAUAGUCGGUGUACUGCAGUGCAGCAUUUCUUUAUCCUUUCCGAAUUGUUCAUACACAAACACAUAUUGGUUAUAACUGAUGCAACGAUGGAUGAUAUAGGGGAUUCAGAGUUGUUAGCACUGCGUCAGGCUGCUCUUGCUACUAUUGGGAUUAAAAAAUCGAAAGUUGAAGGUGAUGAAUUGUUCAACAAACUACAGCCACCCAAAAGCAGCAACCUUAUUAAUUUAACUCCAGAUCCUAAUACUGCUGCUGAAGAAGAAAUUCAAAAUAUAAUAUGUUCGAAUGAGAGUAAUGAUGACCAAGAUUCAAACAGUGAAGAAUCUGGGAGUGACUGUUCCAGUUCCAGUAGUAACAGCAGAAGAUCUUCUGAAGAAGUUUCUAAAACUGAGGAAGAUGAUAUUUUAAAUGCCAUUGAUCAAUUUCUGGAUGGUGGUAAUGAAACUUCAAAUAAAAAGCUACAAAAUAAGAAUAAAACAAAGAAAACUAUUAAACAAAGGAAAAAAAAGGAUAAAGUUAAAGCCAGAGAAGAGUUGCAAAACAAGAAGAAAUUGGAUUCAACAAAUCCCAAAUGCGAUGGUAACAUAGAAGAGAAAGAUUCAUUUCACAGAGAAAAAAAAUUGGAAAGUACAAUGGAGAACAAUAAUAUAAAACCGAGAGAAGAGAACUGCUCAAAGUAUAAGCAGACAGCUAAUGUUGAAGAUGACAAGGACAGUGUUCAUUCAUCAGAUCUCAGUUUCCUUACAGAUUCCGAUAAUGAGGAAAGAACUUCAACAUCAACUUCUGGAAAAGAUUUUGAGACAAAUCGACCAGAAGUCACAUCCAGUCCUACAAACAAAGUAUGUCACCUCACAAGACCCAGAUCACGCUCACCACAGAAGCAUAGGAACUUGCAUAAAAAGAGAAACACUCCUGAAAAGUUUCCUGAUCUGAGAGAAAAGUUAAAAAGGCGAGGUCGUAACAAACAUUCAAAUGAUCGUGUUGGUAAUGGAAACAUUUAUGUAAAAGCAAGUUUAUUAGAAGAAUCUUCUACAAGCAUUUCAAACACACAACCAUCGUUGGGUGUUCAACUUAAUAAGGAUACACCUGGAAGGAUUAUUGUUACAAGAGAUGUUCUUGGUUGUUCAUCUUCAGUUCAUCUAAAGAAAAAAGAACGUGAAGGGUUUGUUAAUAAACCAGCCACACAAGGAAAGAUACGAAGCAGCGUAUCAUCGAAGAGAAACAAAGGCCGUACUAACCGGAGUGUUGUCCAAUUUGCUCCAAACUCAACAAUUACAGAGAAAAGACAGAUUAUCGAGAAUUUGUCUCAAAAAUCUUCCACCACCAAUGAUGAUUGUAUGGAAGAGACAGCGUUUUCAGACAUGAGUGAUCAAGAUUUCAAUGAUUUUGAAAUUGCUGAAGAAGUCAGUGAUAUGGAAAGUAUAAAAGAAGAAAAUGAAAAAUUGGACCCAGAGGUAACACAACCGGAACCUCGCCGCUUUGUUACAACCAUCAAAUCUACACACAAUGGUCUAAAAAUUAGUAAAAACGUUUUGAGAUCAAAAGGACCUGUUAAAGACCGUCUUGGGUUACCAAUGCCAGAACAAUCUUUUGAAACAAAUACAUUGCCUGAUCUUUAUUCUGUCAAAACUGAUGCAAACAACACAUUUACAAAAAAAUCCAGUUCUAAAAAGAGGAAAGGAGACCACAACACCAUGAAUGCUGCCAACCGAGAACAUUGCAGUGAAGGAAAGAUGAUAAUUAUGUCGCAUGUGGGAUGGGAUAGAGAAAAGAGUAAAACAGAUGAUGUUUCAAUAAAAAAUCAAAGAAGUUCAGUUAUAGUGAAGUCUUCGGAAGAAAGUUCGCCCCCAUUACUGAAAUCGACUUCAAUGAAAUCACGCCUUGGUAAUGUAACGCACAAAAAUCGGACUACUUUUGAAAAUAAAAAAAGAAAAGGCUCUUUUCGCGAUGAGCAAGAAGUUGAUGCUCGCAUCCGAAGAAUAAAUCAACAAAAUAAGGCAAUUUUACAGCGAAGGCAACUUGUGGAGAUGGAGGAAAAACGUUGGAGAAUUGGAACAACGUGAUAAAAAAAUUAUUCAAUUUAAGUUUAAAUUAACAAUUUACAGUAUUCAACUAUUAGUUGUUUUAUUGUUAGUCUUAUAGUGCUACUGCCUCUCAUGAUAAAAACUGGGCGAAAGUGCUUUAAAGCCAGGUUUAUUAUUGCUAUCGAUAAUUUUUAUGAUAAUAAACAAAGAGUCUGUUUUUUUUAUGUUUGGUAAAGAAACACUGCUGUAUGGCAAAGGCGGUUACUGUUGUUAAAUACCGUAUUACAAUUCGGUUCUGAACGCA